UGUUUGGACCAAAGUUGAAGCUCUCUCCCACCCUGCGACAUGCGACUCUUCUGUAAACAUGUGACGUCUGUUCGAGGUGACCUGCGUGACUGUGGGGCUCCAGUCCUAGCGACACACCCUGACGACAAGGUACAUGAACACUGGAACUCACGCGGCCUUCCAUCGUCACUCAACGUCAGUGAAAUCCACGAAGACUUAGCAGGAGCUCCUAGUCUGGCAUCUUGGAGGCGCUGUGCCGCAUCGGUAUAGAUGCAACCCACGGUCUACCUUCAGACCUGUGAUAGGUCAAUAUACUAUCGGGAGGCCGGAGGCACAUGAGACAACAUGAUGAGGAAAAGUCUGCUGAUGCACCACGCGCAGGUUCAUCCCUACAUCGCCAAGAUCGACGAGGAAGGGGAGUCUGUGGACCAAUCAGGGGACGCGACCACGUCAGCUCGUUCCCAGCCGUAUAUCAAGAAUGCCCCGUCAUCAACUCGUGCCCAGGUUCAAGAAGACACUAAGAAACAGGGUCUCAGCCAAGGUAUCGCUCUGCAGGGGUUCCGUUCCAAGGGAGUUGCAAGAGAGUCUCAACAGGGAGCUUCAGUACAGACUGAAAUGCCGGCAGCAGCUGAAGCGGCGUGUUUUCGGGGCUGCAUGUCAUGGCUGUGGCAACAACGUCCGAUAAAAAUUACUUGUUUAGUCCUGAUACCGUUAGCGUUGUAUGCAGGGGACGUGAUUCCAGACAUCCUCCUAGCGGUGCAGUACUACCGAGCAAACCAGCUGCAGUACUUCGGACUAACACUAGGCUUCGUUCUAGGCCCGUCAGUGAUCGUGCAAAUCGUCUCGUUAGUGGUGUUGUCCCAGGAGACUGAUGUUCUGAAGUCAUGUAGGUCGUUACUGUACAUCUUGCACCUGUUCCAGUUGGGCGUGGUCAUCAACUACGUCGCGCUGCUCCUCCGGGUGUGGCGGCGGAUGAAAGUGACGCAUAAGCGCCACGUGGCUAAAGGUCUUGCUGUGCUCCACCUGUUCGAAGCUGCCUUGGAAUCCGUGCCACAGUUGUGCCUGCAGUUGUUUAUCGUUCUACAGGGAGGCGCUGCUAGCGCGGUGCAGAUCCUGUCCAUGUCCGUGUCGCUGCUCGCUUCCAUCAAAUCUGUGCUUGUGGCUUUCCACGUCUUCACACCCAAGGAGGAAAAUUUGCGCUUCUGGAAGAUCGCCGUCCGCUUCACCAUCAUCCUCUUCUGGAAGGUUCUGGAGGUGUGCGCACGCGUGCUUGUCAUCGGGCUGUUCGCCUCAGCCCUCGGGAGCUGGUGUCUCCUGCCGCUGGGCGUCCAGUGGGUUGUCAUGGUGACGGUGACGUUGUGGACGGAGCCCUCCGCGCGGGACUGUGUGGGCUUCCUGCUGGCCGUACUGUCCGCAGCCGUGGACACGUUCAGCGUCACUUUCUCCAUGGACCACAACCGAACCUUCUGGACCAACUCCAUCCUGACCCUGGCCGGAAACGUCGCCAUGGCAACGGCCUGGUACAUCCUGCGGACCGCGCAGCAGUGGUAUGACCUACCCGCCCUGAUAUUUAUAGUGGCGGGUUCGGGGGUAGGGGGUGUCCUGGGGGGUGUGCUGGCCGUGGUGUACGAACGUUUGAAGACUCCCUGGCACUCCUGCACCAGACUUCUCAGCAGGGAAUAAGAAAGCACAGCGGGGGCAGGGCGGCUUGCAGACUGUAGCCGUUUGGAAUUGUACAAACGUUCAGCAUUGGAAAAGCCAGCAGUUGCGCUGUAAGAUGUAACCUUACUUAAGCAAACUAUGAUAGCUAGUAACGAUGGCUUCCCUGAGCUAAAACCUGUACUUCCUUUUCGGAUGGGACCAUUGAUUUCGCGAAAAUUGAGAGGUGCACAAUCUCCAAAUUUCAUAGCUAUGGUUGAGUCAUUAAAAGCUUUAAGAAACACUUCGAAAGAUGUUGGUGCAAAAUGUCAGAAAAAAAAUGGAAAAAGAUGGGAUUACAAAAGAAGCGAACACGUAAGAAAAGAGUUGAAGAAAAGAGGGGCGAGAAUCAUGACAAAAAUAUCACGUUUUUCACAAUGAAACAUUUCUACCACUUCGCCAGUCUUUUUGCAAAAAAUACGAGAUUUUGUGACCUUGUGAAAAUCGUUUGGGAGAGGAAAGAAGAGGCACUAAAACAACUGGUGAGGCAACAGUUACGAGUACGCGCAGCAAUAAGCUCGUUCACUAUUCCGACUAGGCAUGUGCAGCGACAUGAAUUGUGGGUAACAUGUCAAAGGUGAAGGCCCCUGACUACGAAAUAUAAACAAAAGACUUUUUAUUGUUAUGCAAAUCGAGCCAAUAUUUACAGAACUGCUUCCAAGUCAGGGGCCUUUAACUUUGACCUUGCACAUGCGGAAUGGCGAACAAGCUUGUUGUCCCAAACGUAACCCCAUGAUGUGGUUUCUAUCCUCUAUUUUCUGUGGAUUUUCCCGCCACUGUUGAGAUGAUGCAAAUUCUAAUCAAUGAACAUCACAAAUGAUUACUAUAUUUUGCUCCAUUCAAGUUUUCUUACCUAUACCAUGUUGAUUUGAUUACAUGGAAGACAUCCCCUGGGCGCCUCAAAACUGAUAAGAGCGUGCCCCCCCCACCCCACCCCUGGGGGGAAAAGAAGUUGAUAGUGAAAUCUAUAAGUGGUCAGGGGUCGGGAAGGUUGAACACGCAUGACAAGCUUAAGGUAUAGCGAACAAUAGAUUUUUAUUUUUUUAUUUGGGGCAUUUUGGGCAUGACCAGCCUUUGACUCUGGAAGACUUUACUGGGACUUUUUAUCAUACUUGUUACAUGUAGCAAAAUUACUGGCAUCUAACGUUACACAAUAUGCAUGCUGAACACAAACCUAACAGUAUGGUUUCAAACCUUUUGGAGACGAAACGGCAAAAAAUUAAUGUGCGCGGGGAUGUCAUCCCUAUAAUGAAGUCUGGGUGGCCUAAAAAAUACAUUGCUUUGUACUAUCUUUGUAUAACAACCGGAAUUCGCAAGUGUUAGCAUGGCGUGUGGUGAAAAUGCAUAUAAUAAAAUGCAACGUAAGA